CCCACCUGAAAAAGUGAACGUAAAUCCCCUUCCAUGACCAGUCGAACCCACUGUAAAUGAAUACUAAAAUCUGAACACUCUGUGAAAUACAUGUGUAGUGUCCAUCACUUAGUGUUGUCCUGAAGUGCAAUGGCUUCAAACGAUGAAACUUUGGACGACCACCAGAGAUUUGUGUUGAUGAAGUUUCGUCGAAACGUAUCCGACAUCACACAACCACACCAUGACGAUAAAUUUCUCCUGAGAUGGCUAAGAGCUCGUUCUUGGGAUGCGGAAGCAGCGGAAAAAAUGCUCAGACAGUCGAUGAAAUGGCGUCAGCAAUGGGAAGUCGAUGGUGCUUUAAAAAACUGGCAACCGUCCGAAAGUCUCCUCAAUUUUUAUCCGUGUGGCGUUAGCGGUUACGACAAAGACGGAGCUCCUGUGAUAAUUGUUCCUUUCGGUGGUCUAGAUAUGGUCGGAAUUUUGCACGCAUUUGGACGCAACGACUUGAUUAAAUUAACUAUACAGACGUUGGAAAGGUUCAUGGAGUUGGCCGCCGAGAAAGGAGGCCAUAAAUUCGUGGUCAUAUUCGAUAUGGACGCGUUUAAUAUUCGACAAUACGCCUGGCGACCAGCUGCUGAAGUUGUCGUAUCUUUAGUCCAAAUGUACGAAGCAAACUAUCCCGAAAUUUUGAAAGCUUGCUACAUUAUAAACGCGCCAAGAGUUUUCGCAAUUGCAUUCAAUGUGAUAAAGAGGUUUUUGAACGAGUAUACGCUAGGGAAGAUACAAAUUUUCAAAAAUGAUCCGAAAAAAUGGAAAAAAGCAGUGCUUGCUAAUAUUGAGCCCGAUAAUUUGCCCGAACAUUUUGGGGGGACUUUAGCAGAUCCGGAUGGGAAUCCCCGAUACACAACAAAGAUAAACCAAGGCGGUAAAGUCCCCAAAGAGCUAUACAAAACAACGUUCGACAUUUCGUCAACCACUCGACAAUUCACAACAGCUGUCAUCAAAAAAGGCGAAAAGUUAAAACUUGAUUUUAUCGUAGUUGAGGAAGGAAGCUUCUUAAAAUGGGAAUUUCGCACAGAGGCACACGAUAUUCGCUUCGGCAUAAGUUUAAUAGAUGCCGAAGGCAACGUCACUCCAGUUAUCCAUCACAAACGCGUGGCAGCACAUCAGAUAGACGAAAGCGGUGUCAUCGCGUGCCAAGCACCAGCCACAUAUACUGUGACUUUUGACAACACCUACAGUCUUCUAAGAAGCAAAAAAAUCCACUAUGAAAUUCACAUCGCACCUCCAUUGGGCAAACUUGAUAUUUUACCAAACGAAGAUGAAAUUAACGGAAAUGUGAAGAGUGAAAUUGCAACAACAAGCGCCCAAUAAUAAUUAUUAUAAUUAAAACAAUUGGUAAAUAAUUUUGUUAUGAUUUAUUGUUAUGGAAGUGUGUAAUAAAUUGAUUAUUCAUCGGUAAACAACAA